AUGAAGCAAAGGAUAGCGAUCAAGGUGGACGUUAUAAAAUGUGACAACUGCAGGUCCAAGGCCAUGGAGACAGCCUCCAGCAUGGAUGGUGUAAUCUCAGUUAGAUUGGAGAAGAGAGAAAAUAUAAUGGUGAUUGGAGAUGGAGUUAAUGCAGCUAAAUUGUGCAAGAACUUGAGAAAGAGACUUGGGUUUGCAAGCUUAGAAAUUCUGGAGGAUGUGAAAGAGGAAACUGAAGAUAAUUAUGAGGCAAAUGAAAAUCCAAAUACAUUUGCAUCAUAUACAUCAAGUUGCGAAAAGUGUAGAGAUCCUGACUCAUGCUGUUGCACCAUUCUUUGA